AUGAGUAAAACUGCCACCCCAUUGUCUGCCAAUACGCAAAAGACCACGCAGCCGAGCCCUCUCCUGCUCUCCCCCUCCAAGCGGAGAUGUCUCGCAGCGAUCGAAGCCGCGACCAGAGCCUAUUCCACACCUCAACCUACCGCAAGCAGGAAUCCAGAGAAAUCUCCCUCGGAAACAGCAGUGCCCGAUGCGCCAUCUGCGGCGGAGAUAUGGAAGUGGACAUUGUCCAAGGACGCCAUGGCCCCGUGCUUUGCCAAGGAUGUGAUGGACAUGCAGGACAGCGGUGCUAAAGGUUGUGCAUCAAGACGCAGAGUUUUUCUGGCUUGGCCGGGUACCGUGUCGUUCGGUGCACCUUGUCGGCCUGCGUAUACGAAUCGUGGGCGAUCUACUCGCGUACAUGCCGCAUAUGGGUCCGUUCGUGAUCCCCAAAGCGGCCGCUUGGCUGCUGAUAAGGCCAGCAAGUUGUCGGUAGCGAGCCGCAAUCACCUCCACGCCUUAGACAUCCACCCUCGUCUGCAUACACGAGACCUCACCACGAACACCUUCCGCAUAUACCUCAAGCACUACAUGGACCACGCACCUCCGCUGCACGGCCGCGCUCGCUCACGCUCUGCGUCCCCCUAUCCGCCAAGCAGCAACCGCCGCGCCGGCAUGAUCGGGUCGGCGAGUGGUUUCACGAACCUCCUCCUUAAGAUGCAAACGAAGUCGUCAGCCUCUGCUCGGGCACGCGAAGAGUAUAUGCCGAGUUUCAUAUCUUCUGCCACCCUUGAUGGAGCGGGAUAUGCUCAUCUAUUGCUUGUAUGA